GAGGAAUAAUGGUACGGUCCGGACUCCAUUCAAAUGGUGCAUUGAGUGAGAGCGCGUGCGUGAGUGAGUGAGUGAGUGAGAGCAGUGACGCGGCGCGCGGGGUCACAACAUGGCCGCCGCUUUAUAUCUAACAAAACAGAGCAGAGUGGACCAGGAACAAAUGGCGCUGUAGGAGGAGAUGUGAUGGAUGCUGGGGAGAGACAGAGGAGGCGGGUGACCAGGGCGUGUAAGCGCUCGGGGGAACACGGGGAACUGGGGGAACAUGUCCCGGUCCUGCGCUCUCUGAGCACCGGGAAUGAAGGAGAAAGAGAUGGAGAAGAAGGAGGAGAUGGAGAAGAAGGAGGAGGAGGAGGAAACAACCCGCUGGAGCAGAAGGUGUCGGCGCCGCGGUACAGCCUGGUGCGGGAGGUCGGGCGCGGCAGCUACGGCGUGGUGUACGAGGCGGUGGCGCGGAGCUCCGGCACCGUGGUGGCCGUCAAGAAGCUGCGCUGCGACGCGCCCGAGAACGUGGAGCUGGCGCUGGCUGAGUUCUGGGCCCUGACCAGCCUGGAGAAGCGGCACGAGAACGUGGUGCAGCUGGAGGAGUGCGUGCUCCAGAGGAACGGAAUGGCGCAGAAGAUGAGCCACGGCAACAAGCGCUCCAGACAGUACCUGCGCCUGGUGGAGACCUCUCUCAAAGGUGAGCGUGUGCUGUCGAGUCCGGAGGAGCCGUGCUACCUGUGGUUCGUGAUGGAGUUCUGUGAAGGAGGCGAUCUGAACCACUUCGUCCUGUCCCGGCAGCCCGACCCGCACACCAACGCCAGCUUCAUGCAGCAGCUGAGCAGCGCCGUGGCCUUCCUGCACCGCAACAACAUCGUGCACCGAGACCUGAAGCCGGACAACAUCCUGAUCUCGGAGCGUUCGGGAGCGCCAGUGCUCAAGGUGGCCGACUUCGGGCUGAGUAAAGUGUGCGCGGGACUCGCGUCCAGCCCCGGAGGCUGCUCCGACGCCGAGGACAAAAACAAACCCGGAGUCAACGUGAACAAGUUCUGGCUGUCGUCGGCGUGCGGGUCGGACUUCUACAUGGCGCCCGAGGUGUGGGAGGGGCACUACACGGCCAAGGCGGACAUCUUCGCCCUGGGCAUCAUCAUCUGGGCCAUGAUCGAGCGGAUCACCUUCAUCGACGGCGAGUCAAAGCGCGAGCAGCUCGGGACGUACGUACGCCAGGGCGCCGACAUUGUACCUGUAGGCGAGGCGCUGCUCGAGAACCCGAAGAUGGUUCUGAGCAUCCCUCAGCGGCGCCGCUCGCACAUGUCCUCCGCCCUCCGCAAACUCCUGCAGGACAUGCUCGCUGUCAACCCGCAGGACCGACCCGACGCUCAGGAGCUCCACGGCAGGAUCAAUCGCGUCAUCUGUGCCGGAUGAACUCUCUCUCACACGCACGCGCGCACACACACACACACACACACACAGAGGUACGUCUUCAAAAAGCUGCUAUAACAACAUUUACAUUUUAUUGUUUCUCUUGAAUGUUCAUUGAUUUGCUUAUUUGGGUCCAAUUUGUCUUCAGACAAUGUUAAAAAAUUGUCUCUAUACAUUUAUUAUGAAACUGGUUAGGGGCGGGGCUACAUAUACGCACGGUUUGUGAUGUCACCAUUCAGUUUUAUCCAGUCAUAUCCAAAUUAUUUGCAAAUUACGGGGAAAGAAUUAUCGUGUUAUCAACGUGUCAAAUUUGGUUGCCGAAUCUGCAUGCUAAGCAAGCUAGCUAGCUAUUUAACUUAGCGGUGAGUAGAUGGCGGUUACCGUGGUAACGCUGAAAUAGAUCCCUGACUGUUUGGCUAAACAGAUCAGUGAGAAAAUGAGGAUGAGUGAUGUGAGCUAGUUUACUUGCAGUUAGCCGUGCAAACAGAGAGUUAUUCUGGGAUGGGAGGAGGGACCUGAGGCUGUUUCCUAUUUGCAUAUUCAUCAAUAUUUUUGCAUAUUCAUCAAUAUUUUUGCAUAUUCGUCGACAUAUUUGAAUAUUCAUAGACUGUGGUUUUUGUUAUUAAGGAUAAAGGUGUAGAGGUGUUCUGGAUGGGGGUAAAGUUCUCUAACAUGAGCUUUGGGUGUUUGUACUCGUACACCUAGACAUACGCGUGCGUGUGUGCGCGUGCGUGUGCGCGUGCGUGUGUGCGUGCGCACGCGCGCUCUUUUGUCUUUAUCUAAUCGAGCCGAGACGUUACACAACUGAACCCGUUCACCCCCGCUUCCCUGCACUCGUCUGUCUCUCGGUGCUAAUGAGAACAUUAGAGCCGCCACACAGCUCCACCAUCCCCUCAUUCUGUUUUUCUUCAUCACACACACACACACACACACACACACACACUGUCGCAGGAACAAGGCAGAGAACACACACACUCACACUCCGGAUCAUUCACCCCGUUUUAAAGAACCUUAUUCUGUUGCUUGUUCUCACGCUCAUGUAAAAACAACAGAACACUGUUCCUGAAAAUCAUUUUUGGAGAUCUGACUUAAAAUGUAAGUUUGGCUUGUUUUCUCUUCCCAUUCCACUAACAUGGGAAAGAGUUUUGGUUGACUGUAAAUGUAAAUGACGAGAUUACUAAGUGGUAGCUAAUGAAACGUAACGUUAAUUACGUGGCUAAAUACAUGCAAUGGAUAUAAAAAGUCUACACACCCCUGUAGAAAUGGCAGGGGCGAAACUAAGAUAAACCAUAUCAGAUCUUUUCCCACCUUUAAUGUGAAAUUGCAAAGUUUACAAAUAAAGUGAAAAACAAUCAGAAACUUUUUAGAGAAAAAAAAAAAAGUGUGCAUAACCCCUAAACUAAUACUUUGUUGAAGCAGCUUUUGAUUUUAUUUCAGCACUAAGAGUCUCUGUGAAGAAAAUCGUACAGAAACAGCUGAUCUUUAUUUGCGGUUAAUGAGAAUAAUUUCACUGAUGGCAGCUGAAUGAUAAUUACUUUUGAACGUGAGAUUGAAUGUGAUUGGUUCAUUCUGAACACAGCCACAUCCCCAGUUAUAAAAGGGUGUGUAUACUUAUGCAACCAGGUUAUUGUAAGUUUUUUAUUUUUCCUAUUUUUCCCUAAAAUGUUUUUAUAUGUUGUAAUUUCACACUGAGAGUGGAAAAAGUUCUGACAUGAUUUAUCUUAGUUUCAUUUUUUUUACUUCACAAAAACCCACCAUUUUAACAGGGGUGUGUAGACUUUUUUUUUUUUUAUAUCCAUCGAGUUCAUAAUCAUUGGCCAUCGUUUCUGUGAUGAUGUGUGUUCUGUCCUCACAUCUCACGUAAAAGCUCAUCGAAUCUGGCUAGCGUUUUUAUUUUCUCUUGAAGUGUGUAAAAAUCAGGACCGUUCCAUGACGCCGGAUUUUAUUUAGUUGAGUUUCGUCAGCGUUUAUUCAUAACUCCUGACUCUGAAAAGAUCGUCUCUCGUUCGUGAAUGCUCAUUAAUUAACGUUUCUGUGAUUCAAUAAGGGAAGGGUUUAUUUACUUUCUCUGAUCAUUGAAGCUAAGAAUAAAGAAUUUAACAGGACGUGAAAUCUGCUGUGCUUUUUGUAGUCAAAAUUAAAAGUAUAUUGAAGGAGGGAAAAAAAGAAAGAAAACUCAAGAAAUCCCACAAUGCACUGCAAGAGGUUAGAGUCCAUACAACACACCCUAACAGGUACAGAAUUCCUAAUGAUUAAGGAUUAAUUAAUGAUUUAAAGGCUAAAGACUUAUUUAAAAAGAAAAACCACCAAUUGCUUUUUAAGUUUAGAUCUGCGGAGUUCGACAUAGCCGGAGCAGUGAUGUUACUGGAUACUGAUGCAAAUUCCACUGAAAUAAAAUUCAUUCUGCUUGUGACUUUUCGCUGACAGAAAGCUAGCACGACUGUAAGAUAUUAUAUUUGUUUUUUUUUUGUUUUGUUUUUUUGUUUUUUAAAUACAGUAGCUACAGAUUAAUGUGGGUCACUGUGAGGAUUUUACACUGAUGGGGUAAAAAAGAGGACAAAAGAACUAAAAAAAAGAGUCUGCAGCUGUUGGGUUCCUCAAAAGAUGUCUAUUUGCAUUGAAAUGUCGUUUUUCAUUUGAAGUCUUCACUCUAGGUUUAGUUAGCAAGCAGAGAAUGAGAGAGAGAGAGAGAUGGACAGACAGACAGACAGACAGAAAGAAAGACUGACCGAUGGAGAGAGGGAGACGGCAAGAGAGACAGACAGAGAGAGAGGGAGAGAAAGAAAGACCAAGUCAGAUAGAUGGACAGACGGAGAGAAGGAGUCAGCGAGAGAGAGAACAAUGGAGAGAGACAGUGAGUGAGAGAGACAGAUAGAUGGAGAAAAAGAUAGACACAGAGAAAGAGAGAAAAAGCAGAGAGAGAGACAGAGACAGAUGGGUGGAGAGAGUGAGACAGACAGAGAGACAGAUAGGUGGAGAAAGAGACAGACAUGGAAAGAGAAAAGUGAGAGAGACAGACACACAGAGAGUGAGAGUGAGACAGAGCGACAGACUGAUAGAGAGUGAGAAGGAGGUGUAGCGAGUGCAGUAAACUGCAUUACUGCCGUUAAUGACUCGGCACAUUCUACAGCUGUGUGUGUGUGUGUGUGUGUGUGUGUGUGUGUGUGUGUGUGUGUGUGUGUGUUGACAGAUGACAUCAUUCUCUCUCUGCAGUGCUGAUGUAAUCAAAUGCUGAAUUCACUUUAAUCUGAUUGGACGCUUUAUCAAAACACUACAGCAGAGAUAUCACAUUACAUCACAUCAAAAACAGCAUUAAAGGAAAUCUCUGGUGUUUUUCAGCCUCAUUUCUCUUACUGUGUGUGUGUGUCUGUGUGUGUGUGUCUGUGUGUGUGUGUCUGUGUGUGUGUGUCUGUGUGUGUGUGUCUGUGUGUGUGUGCACAGAUGCAGCGGAGAGACAUGAGAGAGAAAAACGCUAGAGUUUUCUUUUAACAUCUGUCCUUUAUUUACACCCCUGUGUUUGUGUCUCUCCAGGCUGCUCUUCUUCAGGACCCCACAUUUCUCCGCAGGCAGGUCACAGGGACGACUACACUUCGGAUUGCUGUGAAGAUUCCUGCGCUGUUCUUUGUUGCUUCGGGUUUUAUCUUUUGUUUACAUGAUGUUUUGUAAUUGCCAGAGGUUGCUUGCGUGUUUUUGUGUCCUCUGCUUCUCUGAUCUCGCAAGCAAAGCUGAAUGGUUUUUUUUCUUUACACACACACACACACACACACACACACACACACGUCUUCACAUCAGUCCUCCGAUUAGCCGUUAAACUCGUCUGAAUUAUAUUUAAUGUUGGAUUUAAUGCAGUUUCUGUGCCUUGAAUUCCAGAUCAUUUGUACACGACCAUAUUCAUACACAGUUAUACAAAGACGAAUGUUCAGUAUUUUCACUUGUAGCCAAAUUCCGAUUAAAAAAAUAAAACAUUAAUUUAAUCUCGUAACAAACUGCUCGGUUUUGGAGUAAAAACUGACGUCUCAGUGUUACCAUAGUUACUUCACUUUUCUUUCAGUGUUUUUUCCACUUAACGGUUUCCUACAUUACCCACAAUUCCAUGCUGAUAGUCAUGAUUUAGCCCUCGUUUCAUCUCUACUUAGAGAGCGAUGCGGCGGCGCUUUAGUACUUUAGCUUUCUCAGCUCCUCAUCUGUAAACUCUGCUCAAACAGAUCAGCUUCCCAAACUUCGCCAUCUCGUAGCUCGCUAACUAGCUGAAUAUCUGUAUCGUAACUCAGCAUCGUAUAGCUGCAUUGCAUUCUGGGACUUUGAGUCCCACUAUUUCUACACUGGAUUUCUGAUUUAUAUGACGUUGAAAUAGUCGAGCGAGAAAAGAAGUUUUGUUUUUAGGAGCUAGCGGCGAAACCUGACGUUUGAGAACGUACAUUUUUUUUUCCCCUAUUAAACGCAACACGUGUGUGUGAGCACCAGAAAUAUUUCAGUAUGAACGUAUUUAAUGUGAAUCAGGGCGGAGUUUAGCUUUAAUUAAACCACAGAACGCGGCACAAAGAGAAUAAACGUGAAAAUGGCCUCCGUCUCGCUAAAACACACCCCGAUGAUUUUCUCGGAAACUUGUUCCUGAACAUUUCUCACUUAUUUUUAUUUAACUUCUGAAAAUUGUUUUUCUUUUCUUUUUUCAAAAAUCGCUCAACUGUGAAAAUCGAACACUAGCUUUUUGUAUUAAAGUUGUGUUGAUGCUUUAACUCGACAACUUUACACCGUGUUAAUCCAAACGCUGUAGUGUGUGUGUGUGUGUGUGUGUGUGUGUGUGUGUGUGUGUGUGUGUGUGCGCUUCUACCUCGCUGUUCUUGCGUAUUUAAAAAUCAGAACUAACCCACUUAGUGUUUUUACAGAAACAUGAUGCUCGCUGACAUUUUACACGUUUUUUUUUCAAAAAUCAUUUUCUUUUUUUUUUUUUUUUUUUUUUUUUGGACAUUUAGAAAGACGCUGGUUAAGAUUUGGUCUUUUUUUUUUUUUUUUUUUUUUUUUUCCUUUCUUCCUUUUUUUGUUUUUAAUUUUUGGUGUUCAUGAUUGCAGAUUGUUCGGAUGCUGCUGCUGAAACUUUGAUACCUCAGAGAGAUUUUUGUGAGAAUUUUUAAUGGCACCAAACGUAUUUUUUUUUCUUUUCUCUUUUAGUAUUUAAGAAACCUAAUAAACGAAUAAACGAGUUGUGGGUGUGAAAGAGGGACGUGUGAAUGUGCACAGCAGGGUCGUUUUUUCUCCUAAUGGGUCCCUAAUCAGCACGUUUUAGUUAUUUAUUUUUAUGUUUCACAUCUUUUUUGUCGCAUUGUGAUGAGAUGAUGAAAUGAAAAUCUCAUCACACUGUUUUUUAGAGAAAGAGAGAAACAGGAAGUGAUUGUUGUUUUCUGGAAUAUUCUGUUAUUUAAUACACAUUCAUUCCUGACUCGUCACAGAUUCACUGAUUAUUAUUGUUGUUGUUAUUAUUACUCCAAUAAUCAGACUUCCUGCUCUUUUUUCCUGCUCUGUCACUCACAAUCUUUCUCUUAAUGAUUGUACUUUUCUUUUUUUUUCCCCUUCUGCACCAUCUAGGGUGAAUUAUUCAUGUUAUUUCUUUGUGCUUGUGGCAUUUUCUUCCAAUAAAUAAUGUAAAUUAAAGAAAAA